CAGUUUCACCCAUCCAGUUCCAGUGAGGUGCAGAGACAAAGGAUGACCUUGGCUUUCUAGAAAAAAUUUAGUUCUGGCUACACAGUAGGUAACCCCGUACAAUCCCCAGUCCCAUUUUCCCACAAGAGAAAAAGGCAUAGUAGAAUAACAGAAAGCAUGGAAGGCCAAAGAUCCAAAAGAAAUCUGCAGGCUUGGCACUAUGCUUACUACCUAAUUUGUUAUUACAGAGUUAACAUUCCAACAAAUCAAGGGAAAUUAAAGGAAAAAAAAAUGGGCCAGAUGUUAUUGCUUUCACAAUUGCAAAAUAUUUUGGCACUUUAGGAUUUCGUGGAAUUUGUUUUCUUCCUUCCUCUUUGCCUCCACCCACAUCUACUAAGGAGAAAACGCAGCUCACAGAGAAAGCUGUGUCUGCUCUUUUCCUGCAAAGCCGCUGAGAAAACUCAAAAGGGGGAGCGAUCCAGCCUCCAGAAUUUUGGGUCUAGUUGUCGCCAUGCCUCGGAAGUUGGCCUAUUCGGUAUUGGUACUCUUUGUGGCAUUGCUGCUGGGAUCCUUGCCAACGCUUGCCCAGAGAGAAACCCCUCAUGGCAAAUUCAACCGGCAGCAUGUCGCCGCAAAGCCCAAUAGCGGAGUGGACGCCCGGGUCUAUUGCAACCUGAUGAUGCAACGAAGAGGAAUGACAAACAUCAAGUGUAAACCUACCAACACCUUCAUCCAUGGGGAAGCCACAGCAGUGAAAGCCAUCUGCAACAAUGGAGGCACUUACUCAAGUGAUAAUUACUACGACAGCAAUAACGCCUUUGAGCUCACCGUUUGCCGUGUGACAGGGGGAGGAGCCACACCUCCCAAUUGUAAUUACCGAGGCAGAGUUAGCACCCAGCACAUCCGAGUUGCCUGCAUAAAUGGCCUGCCGGUGCAUUUCAAGCAAGCUCUUUAGAAAUAUCGACAACCAUGAUGGCUAGUUAGGGAUUAUAUAUCUUCAGCUGCUUUAGAAGCCAAGAAGAUUUCCUAUUUUUACUGCAAUGGUGUAUUUCAGUUACAAUUUGCUCUUUUUCUUAGUUUCUUUCUACCUGCCUUCCCCUCUUCUUUCAGUCUUCCUCUCCAACUGUUUUAGACAAGCUGGGGACCUCCAAAUAGAUUGGGCUAUGAUUCCCCAUGAUUCCCAGCCAGCUUGGCUGACAGGAACUCUGGGAGAUGUAGUCCCAAUACAAUUGUGGGGGAUCUGAGCUGUGGCAGGCCUUCAUUUGCUCACCAUAUCUGGGUCUGGUGACCAUAAGAUAGCUGCAAAGUGAUACAGAAAAACUUCCAGGGAAUUCUAGAUGUUGUAGUUUACACAUCUUAAAGUGGUGAGGUCUAAAAUAUAGUCAGGUCGGAAGUUUUUGCUGUGAUCUAACAGACAUUCAAUCCAAAUUAUGGCAAUAAUAUAUUUCAGUCUCUCUUUUUUUGUUUGUUCUAUACUGCCUUCUAGUGGCUGUGAAUCAAAAUGACUGUUGUAUCCAUCAAAAUGUUGAUAUAGCUUCUCUAACGUCAAACUUUCUGUUUUUCUGCCUUUUGAGGAAAAUUGAGGCUAAUAAUUCUGCAGAGAAAACUGGAUAUUGGAGUAUAUAGCAGCCACCCCAAACUAGCAUUCUUCAGCUAUGUGACUUAAAUAUCACAACUCACUUCUCCCAUGGGCGAUGACAUGUGAGAAGUCGUGGUAUUUAAAAUGCUACAUGUCCAAAUUACUUUUAUAGGGUCAGAGGUUUUUUUUGCUAGGAAAUGUAGCCAUCUUUCAUUUUAAACUAGACCAUUUGCUUUCCUUCCUGAGGAAAUGUGUUUUGAAACAUAAUGCUGGUCUGUGACCAUAAUACAAAUUGAAGCAUAAUUUUAGGCACCCGGAGAAACAGAUGUGCUCUGAAUUUCUUUAUAUAAAUAUAAAAAAUACAAAUUCAAAUAGAAUUAACUUUGCUUUAAUUCAAUUAAAAUAUAUCAAGUAAAUAAAAAUUAAUUAACUUUAAAUUUUCAAAUUAAAUUAAAAUUUAAGGCAGUUUUCUUUCAAAAAAAUGAUUUUCUUAAAAAAUAGAUACAUUUUUUAAAAAGAGAAUAGAAUUUCUGAGCCAUUUCUUGUUAAGAUUGAUUCACAUGAAAGGUUCUUUAAGCUAAUAUGUCUUGAGUGUUUUUACCUCCAUCGCCAAAUGUUUGUGGAAAAUCAAGAAUGAAACUGUAUGUUAUUAUUUCUGGGAUUGAUGGAAAGUGGAAAAUAUCUAUUUAUAGCUUUUGUUUGGAUCUCUUUCCUCUAGCAGCUUCAUGCAAUAAAGUCUUCGUUUACAUACAGAA